UUUCAUUUGUCAAGUCGCUCCCAAGAUGGCAGUCGACGCGUACGCUACGGUGCAGACCCCGGUGGACGGCGCCACGCCGAUCGCGCGUCCGCCCAAGUCGAUCGCUCGCCGCAUCCUCUCGUCGCUCACGUUUUGGAUCGUGCUCGGGACGAUUCUCGGCAUCAUUCUUGGUGAAGUCGCACCGUCCUUUUCCAAGUCGGCCGCGCCCAUGGCCCAAAUCUUCCUCCGGCCGAUCCAGUUCAUCGUGUUCCCGCUCGUCUUUUCGUCGCUCGUUGUCGGUAUCGCCGGCAAUGGCGACCUCAAAGCGCUCGGCCGCCUCUCGCUCAAGUCGUUCAUCUACUUUGAGGUUGUGACGACGCUCGCGCUCAUCAUUGGCCUCCUUGCGGUCAACAUUGCGAGCCCCGGGUCGUCGAUCCAGCAAGGCAAAAACUACACCGGCAAGCCCUCCGACUCGUUUACAUUUGCGCUCUGGAUCAACCAUUUGACGCCCAAGACGUGGGGUGAAAUGAUGGGCGGCUCGGGCAGCUCGGAGCUCCUCCAAGUGCUCGUGGCGUCGAUCCUCGUCGGUGUCGCGACCGCCAUGACGGCCGAGCACCACAAGCGCGUGCUUCUCGAACUGGCGACUGCGGUCAUGGAGAUGAUGUUCAAGUUUGUCGACAUUGUCAUCUGGACCGCGCCGCUCGGCGUCUGCUUUGCGGUCGCGAAUGCGAUCGGCGCCAACGGCGUGAGUGCGCUCAGUGCCCUCGGCGCGCUCGUCGUCACCUUGUAUGUGACCUUGGUCAUCUUUAUCCUUGUCAUUUUUGGCGCCAUUUUUGCCUUCUUCAAGAUCAACCCGAUCGAAUUCCUCACCGCGAUGCGCGAGCCGCUCGUGAUUGCGUACACAACCGCGACCUCGGAAGCCGCGCUGCCCAAAGUGUUUGAGGCGCUCGCAGCGUACGGUGUGUCGCCCCACAUUUCGGCGUUCGUUGUCCCCUUUGGCUACUCGUUCAACCUCGACGGGUCGACCUUGUACCUCUCGCUUGCGGCGGUGUUUUGCGCCCAAGCCACGCACAUUGACAAGACGAUCGGCGAGCAAAUCGUCAUGGUGCUCAUGCUCAUGAUCUCGUCCAAGGGUGUCGCGGGCGUCCGCUCGGCGAGUAUCAUUGUCCUCGCGUCGACCGUCGACCAGUUUAGCAUCCCGAACUGGCCCGUGACGCUCAUCUUGGCCGCCGAUUGGCUCAUGGACAUGGCGCGCACGUUCACCAACGUCUUUGGCAACUGCCUCGCAGCCGUCGUCAUGGCCAAGCUCGAGGGCGAGUUCCGCAAGGACGGCUGGGAGAAGGCGCUCGAGAUUGCCAACGAAGGCGACGACGAGCAUAUCCUUGUCGACGAUGACAAGCACACCGUGUAAACGAACAGACGCCUUCGAUGAUACUCGUAUGUCUAUAUAAUAGUACAGUUUGUCUUCUACAUA